AUGGCGCACUUGGUCGUGGAUGGCCUGGCGGCUAGCGAUGGCUCCUGGAGCCUUCCUAUCCUCGUCACCGAUAUGAACAUUCAAAGAAGCCUUUUUGUGCGUGGUGAUCUGCACGUUGGAGGGCUAAUGAUGCGUCUUGUUGAUGAUAUUGAUGUGACGAGGGAUUGGUCUGACCAUGCGUUGUGGUGGCCGGAGAAGCGCCGUUGGCUUCAACACACCCGCUCUACCCUUGACCAAUGCGGUGUCACCGCGGAUACUAAACUGGAGUUCACACCGAUGCAUAAAGACGCAAGGGUGCAGCUUCCAGACAACCAAGUAAUUGAAGCUCGCUUGGAUUUCUCUGUUAAUGCUUUCAAAGCGACGCAAAAACUUUGUCGUGAUCUAGGAAUCAGACAUUCGGAAGAAUUAGGAUUGAAGAGGCUGAUCCCACCUGAUAUUCUUCGGAAAGGGACCUACGAGGCUGAGAAUUCGUCUGGACCCCAACCUAUACGGCCUGGAGAAGAAUCCGUCGGUCCAAUGACGUUAAGGAAGGCGACUCCAAUCUUUGCCUCGCAGACUCAGAUUGAUGGACGUAUGCGUCGAGGACAAUCACCCGCGCUGUCAACAAGUGGACACAUUUUUAAUGCUCAUGAGAUGGGGACUUUGCCGAGGCAUGGAACUCUUCCUAGAGGAGCAAGUCCUAGUCCUGGUGCCUACAAUGGAACAAUGGGUCGUGUGCCGAUCAUGCCUAGUAUUAGUUUUUGUGAAGGACUUGAAAACGAACAAUUUGAUAUGGCUCUUGUGCAUACUCCACGUCAAGCAGCAAAUCGCGAAACCAUUGUCUUUCGUCCGCAGAACUACGUCGAAAAGGCAGCUCUGAAUAGAGGGUGGUUGGACUCAAGCAGAUCAUUAAUGGAACAAGGUGUGUUUGAAGGCGACAUUGUUUUGUUACGCUUCAAAUAUAUGACAUUCUUUGAUCUUAAUCCUAAGUACGAUCCUGUUCGCAUUAACCAGCUUUACGAACAGGCGAAAUGGUCCAUAUUGUUGGACGAGUUUGAUCAUACUGAGGAAGAAGCUACUCUAUUUGCCUCACUGCAGUUGCAAGCAACGUUGCAACGAGAUUCUCCUGAACCAGAGGGACCAGUGAAAGAUGAUGUUGAUAUGAUGCUGGAUGAAUUGGAACAAAAUCUAGACGCAGCUGCUCUUGGUCGUCGAUCUGAUUUAAUGCAAGUCCCUGAACUUGCCGACUAUCUCAAAUAUAUGAAGCCGAAGAAACUUGCUGCGUUCAAGGGAUUCAAGCGUGCUUUUUUCUCGUUUCGCGAUCUUUAUCUUAGCUACUACCAAAACUCUACUGAUAUAAAUCAGUCACCACUUGGGCACUUUUCUUUGAAAGGUUGGUUAUUUUCGAUUUUCGGUUGCGAAGUUAGUCCCGAUGUUUCCGUUUCUCAAGGGAAGUACCACAUUAAGCUGCUUGUUCCUACAGCUGAGGGCAUGACUGAUUUCGUUCUGAAGUGUGACACGGAACACCAAUAUGCGCGAUGGAUGGCAGCAUGUCGUCUCGCGUCAAGAGGAAAGUCAAUGGCCGAUUCUUCUUAUCCACAAGAAGUGGAGAGUAUCAAAAAUCUGCUUCAUAUGCAAAGCGCGACCAAUGGAAGGAAUGAGAAUAGCACAAUGCGCCUCUCCACUCCGGUAAAAUUGCCGAGCGACUUUAAUGUGGAGGAGUACGUUUCACAACGAUAUGUUCGAAAAGCGAGGAGCAGGCAAUCUCUACAGCAACGAGUCAUAGAUGCCCAUGCAAAUGUGCGUCAAUUGUCGUCUACUGAGGCGAAACUGCAAUAUAUUCGUGCGUGGCAGGCGCUACCCGAAUAUGGCAUGCAUUACUUCAUUGUCCGCUUCCGGAAUGGUCGAAAGGCAGAUUUAAUCGGAAUUGCUAUUAAUCGGUUGGUAAAAAUGAACAUGGAUAACGGUGAGAGCAUAAAAACAUGGAGGUUUUCGAAUAUGAAAAAGUGGCAUGUAAAUUGGGAGAUAAGACAUCUGAAGAUCCAAUUCGAAGAUGAAGAUGUCGAGUUUAAACCAUUAUCAGCCGACUGCAAGAUCGUACAUGAGUUCAUUGGUGGUUACAUAUUCCUGACAAUGCGAAGUAAGGAACAAAAUCAAAAUCUUAACGAGGAGCUCUUUCACAAACUAACUGGUGGCUGGGGAUGA